AUGGAACAGAUGCCAAAUACUGAAGAGUCUUCAUCCCAACACUUUUCUUCGUCUUCUGCGCCAGAAUCAGCCGAAGAGCAAGCUGUAGUGCAACCUUCUCAUGCUUCACAGAAAUCAGAGUCUCAACGGCUACCCUCAACUUCACCAAAAUCAACCGAAGAGCAAGGUGCAGCGCAACCACCGCGGGCUUCACAGAUUCCAGAGGCUCAACAGUCAACUUCGUCUUUCCCGCCCAAAUCGACCGAGGAACAAAAUGUAGCGCAACCUCAGGCCCCACAGAUACCAGAGGGCCAAAAAUCCGCGGAGGGUCAACCCAUUGUGCAGCCUACCCCUUCACAGAUACCGGAAACCAGAGGCAACCAGUUCGUGCCUAUCCAGGUUGGAAAAUUGCCGUCAACCCUUCCAGAUACUAUUGACGGUAGCGACCCAUACCAGAUUUUCUAUCUCAUUUUCAGUGAUGCUUUCUUUCAAAAUGUUGCAUUCAAUACAAACUUGCAUGCGGCGAACGCCAGACGAGAGAAUCCAUCUGAUGGUAUGCGGCCUUGGCAUGAUACGACUAGAGAAGAAGUCAAGGUUUACUUCGGUAUCAUGGUUUAUAUGAACUGCCAUGGAGCACCUAAUCAUGAAACAUAUUGGAAUCGAGAUCAAAACAUUGGACCGAUUCACUUGGUGCCUACGUACAUGCAAUUAUACCGAUUUCAACAAAUGAGGUGAUUCCUUUAUAUAUCGAAAAUUGACAUGAAACCUGGACUAUAUAAAGUGGGCAGGCGUCACAAAGCCAAGCGUGACCGUGAAGAAUCCCCCAUCGAUGAGAAUCCGGAAGGCCUUUACGCCACCGAAGAAUUAAUCCACUAUCUAGAAGGCGCAACUUGGCGAGCAUGGAAACUACACACCACUCAAUCUAAGGCCAAGGGUAAGCCUCAAUUGACUCUCCAUGACUUCCGGAAUAGGCUAUAUCUGCAACUAUUCUCGUUCUCGCCGUACUCGCCACAUCUCAAGCGGAAAACGCCUCAUAUUGAUCCAGCAGAGCCGUAUCCGGGCGCGUCACUGCAGCGACAUAUGUUAUCCAGACAUCCCCUGGAGCUGAGAAGGGGUUGUGCUUGGUGUCAGCAACGACUUCAUGUUGACAAGCGGUUCCGGUGCGAAAAUGAGAAGCCAGCGAUUAUACCGCGGUCGCAGUGGGUAUGCGCAGAGUGUAAUGUGCAUCUGUGUAGACCAGGCUAUGGUGGUAAUGAUUGCUUUAGGCAAUUCCAUCAACCUCUAAUGGCUUCUCUAGGGAAAAACGCUCCUUUUCCGACAAUCUUUCGGACUCCAUAAGACAACGAUUGAUAAGUUGUUAUCAGUCAACUUUGUGAAUUAUGUACAUAUCAAGAUACCACUAGCAUAGCGGAGGUGCGGCUUAGCAAAGCUGCAAAGGGAAUAUCUUUCUACUUUAACAAUUGAACACUUAGUUACUUAAUGACUAGUGUCUACAUGUAUCCUUGGA